CAAAACAAGACCGCGCACGUUAGCCCUUGCAUCAGCCGCCUCGCUAAAGUGCGCCCACCUGAAUGAGAACUGAGGCGCGCCACCACCCCCCGCGUUUUGUCGCCACUGGAUCCUUGUCCCUCUGGAGAGAAGGAGAAUCGCCCCACGCUUCCUGCUUCCUUCUACGCAACUCGUUUUUCGUUCUGUCACAUACUAACAUGAAAUUCUUCCUUGGCUGACGCAAAUAGUCGGAACCCAGAACUGUAAGAGUCUGCAACUGAUGGCUUCGCUGCAGAUUGCGAAACCCGCUUUCGCCUCGGCCUCUAUCCCCCGAUCGAAAUUUAGCGGGAGCUCGAGGUGGUUUAAGGAAUCGGAAUCGAGGAGGAGGAUUUUGAGAUUGAGGAAUUGUGGGUACUCGAGGAAUGAUUUGGAAAGGAGGCCUUUUGUUUCGUGUAAAGUCCAGGACCGCGACGGGAAAGGCAAUGGAAAUGGUGAAGAACCUCCCGAAUCGUUGUUUAUGAAAGAAUUAAAGAGGAGGGGCAUGACUCCCACUUCAUUGCUUGAGGACACAAAAAAGAGCACCUAUGGCAACGAAUUAGAAGAAGAGAGGGGUUUCUCAAAAAGAAAUGCAGUCUCUACUGAACCAGGAAAUAGUUUAACCAACCAAAGGGAGCAGUCGAUGGCAUUGAACAGUGAGGGCCUUGAGGGUCUGAUUCCACGGGCCAAACUUCUGUUAACACUUGGAGGGACUUUCUUCUUGGGGUUUUGGCCACUGAUUCUUAUAACUGUGGCAUCCUUUUGUGCUCUGUACCUCUAUUUUGGACCGACUUUUGUCCACGAUGCAAGCAAGGUGCAAGUGUCACCACCCCAGUACGUCGAUCCGUAUGCGCUUCUCGAAGACGAAAGGAUAUCCCAAACAGCUCCUCGAGUUAAUUGAAGCAGAAAAUGUCAUCGCUCAAGCCAAUUCAGCGAAGAUCUAUAUUGCAAUUUGCUAUGCUGACUUCUGUUUAUCUCCCCCAUAAAUCCUUAAUCAGAAAGAACCUUCGUUGUUCUUGUGUUGGUUGCCGGUUGGCUUGUUAUCUUCAUGCCAUUGCUUGAAAGAUGUAAAUUGCUACUCGUACUGCUGUGUUCAAUUGGUUAUAUGUCCCGGAUGAAGCGGGCUGCUCAGUCAGGUUUCUUGUAAAUACGUACUUUCAAUCACUUUAAA